AUGCACACACCGUUCAUGGACAAAACACCUCACCACCGCCCCGGCGUUGGCGCCGCUGGCCGGCUGAAGCAGAGGCUCGCGCUGCUCCUUGUGCGUUCUUCUUGCACCACGAACACGACCAAGACCACAACCACAUCGGUCACCACCUUCGUCAGCCUCGAUAAGGCCACCGCCAACCCCCGGCAAGAGCCACGACAUUCCCCUGACUGGUGCACCAACCAGGGGACCAAGCUCGAGGAAGGAAGCCGUUCACACCGCCACCGCCGCCGCAGCGCGUCAGUCGCCCAUGCCUCCACCGAUUGCACCGGUACGGCCUCCGGUCGCCGUUCGGCCCGCUCCGUCGUCCCCGGCCUGUCGUCGCCGCUGCCGACCAACGAUGCCAAGAAGCAGAGCAAGAGCAGGGGCAAGCCGCGUUCUCCGUCGGUGCCAAGGCGGCACUGCUCGUACUACUCCAGUGGGCGUGGGCGGCGACCGCCGAUGGCCUCCACGCCGUACAGCUUCUCCUCGUCCACCGUGACCGACGACGAGAGCGGCGAGGAGGCCGAGACCCGGACGCUCUUCUCGUCCCUCAGCUUCUCCUCCGACUCCACGUCCGAGUUUUACCACACCAACAGAAGCAGUGCCUCCAGGAAGAGCCACAGGAACGCGCCUCGCCGUGCGCGGCGGCACUCUUCCGUGGCGGCUAAGCACCACCAGUGGAACAACAAGGAGGAGGCUGGCGCCGUCGGAGAGGGAAUGGCGGUGGUGAAGCGGUCGAGCAACCCGUACGCGGACUUUCGGAGCUCGAUGGUGGAGAUGGUCGUGGAGCGUCGCCUCGCCAGCGCGGAGAAGAUGGAGGAGCUCCUGGUGUCGUACCUCUCGCUCAACUCACCAGAGCACCACCCGGCAAUCCUCACCGCCUUCGAGGACGUCUGGGAGGCCGUCUUCGGACAGGCGUGA